ACUGUACUGGGUUGUGAGUUUCCGUACUCGACUGCAUGGCAAGUAGGCAGGAAGUGGGGGUGCGUAUCCCGUACCUGAACAACGGCCAUGGAUUUGCACUCUGCGGAAAAGGCCAGAGCUGAGCUGUCGGCCUUCCUUUCGUCAGACCAGCUGCCUAGCAUAAUUACACCCAAGACUCACUUGAAUCAUUCCUCUCCUCUACUCCAAUAAUUCGCGAGGACCUUGGUGGCCAUUUGAGAAGAACUCCCCUCCCCCCUCGAUACUUGCGUAUCCAAGACCGUCCACCGGACAGCUCUCCCAUGAUGGCUUGUCCGCACGUUGACUCCAUCUCUCUCAGCCCCCCAACACCAGCUCACUCCGUAUACCGCGAGGACUGCACUCAGUGUUUCGAUUCUAUCGAUGAGCCUGCCGGUCUCGAUGUUUGCUUGCAGUGCUUCAACGGCGGCUGCCCUGGCGUCAAGACCCACUCGAAGCUACACAGCAUCGUCCGCGGCCAUCCGCUCGUUCUCAACAUUCGCCGAACUCGAAAGCAAGUCGUCAAGGAUGAGCCUCGCGCCAAGAUCACCAAGCUUGCCAUUGCGGCUGAAACCGAGGCCGACCGUUAUGACACCCAUACCGCCGCCAGAUGCCUCGAGUGCGACACCGACAUCGAGAUAUUCCACCCCAAGAUUGCUCCCAUUGUCGACGGCAUCAUGAAGGCAAACACCUUCUCCCGGAAAGAGGAAGUCAAGGCAUGGGAACAGGAACUCACAAACUGCGACCACGUCGUCUCCAUACGGCAGCACGAGGGUCGCCAGCUGCAGAGCGCCUUGGGCCAUUGCUCCAAGUGCGACUUGAACGAAAACCUCUGGCUGUGCUUGGAAUGUGGUAACCUGGGCUGCGGUCGUGCUCAGUUUGGCGGUGUUGGAGGCAACUCUCACGGUUUGGCACAUGCUACCGAGAGCAGGCAUGCUGUCGCAGUCAAGCUUGGUUCCAUCACCCCCGAGGGGACAGCUGAUGUCUACUGUUACCAGUGCGACGAGGAGAGAGUUGACGGCGACCUCGCUGCUCACCUGGCUCACUGGGGCAUCAUCUUGUCUGACCAGGUCAAGACGGAAAAGAGCCUGACGGAAAUGCAAAUCGAACAGAACCUACGAUGGGAGUUCUCUAUGACGACGGAAGACGGUAGAGAAUUGCAGCCUCUGUUCGGCCCGAGCCUGACCGGACUCAAGAACCUUGGAAACAGUUGCUACCUCGCUAGUAUUCUACAAUGCCUAUUCGAUCUGCCAGCUUUCCAGGACCGAUACUACAGACCUGGAGCCGACCUCCCUAUCGUUGAAGACCCUGCCCAGGAUCUGGAGACCCAGCUCUGCAAAAUGGCAGAUGGCCUUUUGUCCGGACGCUACUCCAAACCCGAGUCAGAUGUUGUGGCAUCCGAACAAUCCACCGAAAUUCCUCACCAAAAGGGCCUUGCGCCAGCCAUGCUGAAACACUUGAUCGGCCGCGGUCACCCGGAAUUCUCGACCAUGCGUCAACAAGAUUCUUUCGAAUUCUUGCAGCACCUCAUCAAGUUGAUUACCCGAUCGCAACAUCCUGCACACCUCCGUGAUCCUACUCACAAAUUUCGCUUCAUCAUGGAGCAGCGUCUUCAGUGCCUCAGCUGUAACAAGGUACGAUAUCAGACGAACGAGCAGGAUAGCAUCUUCAUCGACGUUCCCCUAGAGAAGCUGCCUGCAGUUGAUGGCGAGGAGGAACGCUACAAGCCUGUGUCCCUGAAGCAGUGCCUGGACAAUGUUACUGGCACCGAAGCCGUAGAGCUCACCUGUGCUUCUUGUGGUAGCAAGGACGGGUUCACAAAGCGUUCCCUCUUCAAGACUUUCCCUGACACACUGGUUGUCAAUGCUCGCAAGAUGGCGAUUGAGAACUGGGUUCCUCGUAAGGUGGAUGUCCCUGUUCUUGUUGGAGACGAACCUUUUGACUUGGACCCGUACCUCUCCCCAGGCCAGCAACCCGAGGAGGAACUGUUGCCGGAGGAGGAAGCCGCCGGUGGCACGCCUGCCUUUGUUGCCAACGAGCCGGCGGUGGAACAGCUCAUGGCCAUGGGCUUCCCCAAAAACAGAAGCGAGAAAGCCCUCUACGCCACCGGAAACAAUGAUGCCAAUGCAGCAAUGGAGUGGCUCUUCGGCCACAUGGAAGACCCGGAUAUUGAUGACCCUCUUGUCGUGGCCCCUGCUGGUGCUAGUAGCGGUGGGGCCACAGCUGAUGAUCCUGCCAAGAUCGAAAUGCUUACCGGUAUGGGUUUCAGCGUUCCUCAGGCCCGCAAAGGUCUGAAGGAAACUGGCGGAGAUAUAGAGCGAGCUGUCGAAUGGGUUUUCAGUCAUCCUGACGAUCUGGGCGAUUUUGGCGACGAAGCACCUCCUCCCGAAGCUGCCGAAAGGGCAGAGGCAGCAGGCAUAUCAACCCUUCCCGCUAGGUUCCAGCUUCAGAGCAUCGUCUGUCACAAGGGAACCAGCAUUCACGCUGGACACUAUGUUGCUUUUAUUCGCAAGAUCAUUGAUACCCAGGUACCGAAGUGGGUUCUGUUUAACGAUGAGAAAGUCGUGGAGGCCGGAGAUGUGGAGGAGAUGAAGAAGACGGCUUAUGUCUACUUCUUUAACCGUGUCGUGUUGACAUAAGAUAGCCCAUUGUGGUUGUCUCUGGGCUUAUUGCAUGGAAGGAGCAUUGGCGUUCAAAGACACGAUCACGAAUACACUUUGGUAGAUGAAACGAGGAAUGUAAUAUAAUCAAUUGGGCACUUGGUCGAUCCCAGCUCGUGAUAACGAACGACCUUGGCCAUUCCAAAAUAUCACAUCCUGCUGUA